UUCCGCUUCGCGUCAUGUUUUCGUGCCCACUGCUGAAAACAACUUAAUGGAUUCAGAUAGCGGACCUGUCAGUUCAUAUUUUCAAAUGGAUUGGGCCAUGGACUACACUGCAGGGCUUGUGGCCCGUGAACGAAGUGGUCACACGGCUUUAUUGGAAGGAGGUUUUCUAUAUGUUUGGGGCGGUUAUGUGUCAAUUGCUGAUGACGAAGUUUUCCUACCCAAUGAUGAAAUCUGGCUCUAUGACAUAGAGAGUGGUAUAUGGCUAUGACAGACUGAAAAGGGUUUAUGAUACAGGUUGAUGAUCAUUUCUGCGGCGGUUAUGUAGCUUGGGUCCAUUCCAGCCACAUCAAAGGUCAACAGCCUUUCCCUCCUCUCCUGCAUGCUGGCUCAGAGUUGGGCAACCUGGAGAUGGUCAGGUCCUGGAGAGCUGCAGGGGAGACUCAUGUGAUGCGAGGGGAAGUCCCUCCCCCCAUGUCUGGGAUGUGUGGCAGCUCUCUGAAUGGAGAGAUGUACGUCUUUGGAGGCUGCAAUGAAGAUGGCCACACCAAUCAGCUUUACCACGUGAACCUCUUGGAUGGAAAAUAUACUUGGAGGAAAGUGAUGAACAGCAGUGGUGCCCCACCCACCCCACGAGAUAAGCUGUCCUGCUGGGUGUACAAAAACAGGCUCAUCUACUUUGGUGGGUACGGUGACAAGCACUUCAGACAGCUGAACAAUUCCAGGAGUUUCGUUGUGGAUGAGGCAUUAUGGGUAGAAGAGGUCUUUUGGGGAUGGAACAAUGAAGUCCACGUAUUUAACCCGAGCACAGCCUCCUGGAGUGAACCUCACACUCAUGGUCUUGCCCCAGCACCCAGGGCUGCCCACGCCGGUGCUACACUGGGCAGUAGAGGGUACGUGUGUGGGGGUAGAGUGAUGGAGACCAGGAUGAGUGACAUUCACUGUCUGGACCUAGAAUCUUGGACAUGGACUGAAAUUAGACCCAUGUCUGCAAUACCUAUGGGGCGCUCAUGGCACACGCUCACAGCAGUUUCGGACACCACCUUAUUUUUAUUCGGUGGAAUAAGCGUUGACUGUGCUCCACUGAGUGAUGGCUGGAUAUUUGAUGUACAGGCAAAGUUGUGGAGAGAGUUGGAGCACCCACACAAGGACAAGCCAAGGUUGUGGCACACAGCAAGUCUAGGAAAAGACUCUGAUGUCAUUGUGUUUGGGGGAAGUCAGGAUGACAUCUUAUUUGUGGAUAAAGGUCACUGCAAUGACGCACUUGUUUUCCAGACACAACCAUACACCCUCCUCAGGUUGUGCGAGGAUUACAUGGGGAAGAAUCCCUGGGUGCUACAGGACCAGUUGUUGUGGUUACCACGAAAGCUAAAGCAAAUAAUAAUAAAGAGGAUUUCUUUUUUCAAGCCAACUGCAAAAUCUCAGGAAAUAAUCCAUGCUACAUAAAGAUAUAUGGACAAGCUAGCAAAUAUUGCAAUAAUUCUAUGGCAUAUGGUUAUGUCAAUGGGUUGUCAUUAUGUUCAAUGUAAUUACAUGGAUUUCUAAAAUGAUAAGUGCAUGUGUACUGCAGCUGUGUCGCUGAAGACCUGCGUUUUUACCGUUUAAAACAAUCGUUUCAAGAUUAUUAGAAUAAAAAAAACAUAACGCUAAUGUAAAAAGAGAUUUUCUUUCUUUUCUAACUUUACAAAGGUUUAACUAGGAAGAUACGUAUUUAUGAAAAACAACACAUUAAAUAAAAUCUAUAUUUUAUCCUGA